AAUAAAUUGUAAAAUAAUAUUUCUGGAAAUUGCAGAAAAAUGGAAAAAAAUUUGAAAAUAUUCAUUGUUCUCUGCGGUAUAGCUUUUUGCGAGACAUUGAAAUGUCGAUUUUUUUCCGAGAGUUCUACGCAGACUUACGAAGAUUGUCACAUUGAGCCGGCGUAUUGUUAUGCCAAAUGGCAUAACAAUACUCGGUUCAACGAAGUGGAAAUUAAGGAAAAGGUAAUAUAACUUAAUAAUUAUAGAAUUUUGUUUAAUUGUAUCAUGUUUUCAUUUUAAUAACAAUUUAUAGGGUUGUACUUCAGUGGACGAUGGCCGAUGCAAUCACAAAGAUUGCAUAAAUCACGAUUCGAUUGGCUACCCGCCAAAAGAACGGAGUUGUUGUUGUAAUGUGGACAAUUGCAACAAAAAUGUGGGGUGGGAGCCAAUCGAUAGUAAGCAAUACAUAAUUUAUCAUGCACACGUAUAUCGUUAACUAAAAAAUGUAAUAAUAAAUUUAUUUUUAUUUUUAUCUUAGCUGAAAGUGAUUGGGAAACGAUCAAGAACGUGUUGAUUAUGGUAGCAUGCUGUCUUGUAUUGCCAGUAUACUUUUUUCUAGGCAAGAGAUACUACCAAUACGUUCGAGAUCGUUUCCCAAAUACCAACACGUGGGAUAGGCCGUCCAUCAAUGCGCCAAUAGAAUCAAAUGAGAUUCCGUCGACUAGUUGAGGAAAUUUCAAGGGGUCGCUAUGGUGUAGUAUGGAAAACACUUCAUGAGAAUGACACAAUAGCUGUAAAAAUAGUCUCUCCUCAGGGUCUAUUACAAAAUAAUUCGAACAUGUGGAAUCAUUCGUACAUUGAUCCACCUGCAAUAGAAUUAAAUGAGGGUGUAUUACAAAAUGUGGACAUGUGGAAUCUGAACACGCGGGAUAGGCCAUAUAUUGAUCCACCUGAAAUAGAAUUAAAUGAGGGUGUAUUACAAAAUGUGGACAUGUGGAAUCCGAACACGCGGGAUAGGCCGUCCAUGAUCCACCUGAAAUAUAAUUAAAUUAGGUAAAGGCAAGAGAUCGCUAUGGCUAUGGCUAUCGCUAGAUUCCGUCAACUAGUUGAGGAAAUUUCAAGGGGUCGCUAUGGUGUAGUAUGGAAAGCACUUCAUAAGAAUGACACAAUAGCUGUAAAAAAGUCUCUCCUCAGGUAACAUAAGGAAAUUUAUCAUUAAUAGUUAAAUACAUUGAAGAUAUAAUUUUUAUAGACGGUCC